UUUAAACAACUUCUACCAUGUAAGAAUAGUCAGUAACUUACAAUGAAUUUUAUUAUUCAAAAAUAAAGAAUACUAUAAAUAAAAGAGGUGGUUAAAGAAGCUUUUAUCACUAGCAACUCGACAAGAGUAACAAAACGAUCGUACUGAAACUUGCUGUACAUCUAAAUUUGUGUCUUCUGAAAAGCAAUGAAAUAUAAUUUUCAUUUGUAACAUCUAUACAAUAUAUAGAUGAAGCUUGUCAUGGUUAUUGAGGGAUUGAAGCGAUUUGCCAUUUUAGUUUAUAGCUGUCAGAACUUGACUACCUUGACCCGGCACAGUCUUUCAGCUUCAACAGCCCGCGUUUCUUUUUCUACUCCUUUCCUUUUAAGGCCAACGUCGCUCUUUUACUAUAUUUAUUAUUUAAAAUCUUUUAUGCUUUUAAUAUUGCAUAUAAUUGUUAGGACAGCUUGACAAUAUCCCCAGUACCAGAGAACCUCAUUCAUUGGGCGUUCUUUUUUUCUUUCGUUUAUUCACUUUCUAUAUACUUCAUGGAUUUGCAUAAUUUCUAGUUCUUGAGUUAUGUGUCAAGACUCUGAAGGUAGGAAUUUCUCAAGGAAUCGUAAAUAUGCAACUGCUGUAAACUAUCAGCAGCCUUACCCUAAAAGCAGUAGUGGGAAAAUAUAUAGAUCUGCUUCUCAUCCUACAAGAUAUAAAGACUACCGACUAAAUGGCCAAACAAAAUCGAAAUUACAGAGCUUGGCAUUCAAUCCCUCUCAAACAAUUUCAAACAUUACGGAAGAAAAUAGUUCCAAAUUAGCAACGAAAGCUCCUUGUUUUCAAUCAGAUACAGACGUACUCCGUAAUUCACAGACAAUGGGACAUGAAGGACCUGUCUCAUUCAGUACAUCGAAAGAGUUGGCUUUACAAGAUAAGCUAGGUGAAACUAACAAAAGUGCAAAAGAUUAUUUGAACAGUUUGCCGAGUUACACCCUGGACACAGGAAAAAUUACGAAUGAUAUACAACUUACGACAGGCUCUAAUCUCAAUAGAUUCAAUACAAACAAUAAACGGAUUUUGGAGAGAAGUUUUUCCGAUAGCAAGAAGCUAUCUCCAAAACGAAACAAAAAGGAGUCACCCAGUCUUUAUAGGGGUUCUUUCAAUGAAGAUAAUCAAGAAAAUUAUGGUCUUGCUAGUCCAUUAGAUAGAAUCCCCAGUCUUGUUUCUGUUAUUCAAAAUGCUAAAUCUUCCAGUCAAAGCGUUAAUAGUGAAUGCUCAGUUUCUAAUGCUGGUGGAUCAGAUACCGAGCUCGAUGAUGAUCCUUUUGAAUUAGAAGACGAUGAUUUGGCGGCCCUUGACUCAAUUGAAGUCCAGUAUAAACAAAAGUCCCUUCAUGAAAGUCAACAAGGUUCUGAAGUUCUAUCCGUGGAAACAUCACACAAGGUUGAUAAUCCUGCACCUGUUCUUGAUUACGAUGAGGAUGGUAACGUUCAACCGUCUAAUUCCAACCAUACCCCUGUAGAAGGUGUUGAUGACAAUUUCUUGGAUGAUUGGGAUGAUUCUUUCGAUAAUGAAAUACCAGCUGUUAACCCUGCCUACAGUUUUGUUGAAUCAACUAUAAUUGAAGUAAAUGAUGAUUUCUAUAUUCGUGAUGAACGAAAUUAUCCCCAAUUGAAGAUCGUUUUGUACAAUGAAAGCGAUGAGAUACUGAAACAAGUUUUUCUUCGAGAAGAUUGGUUAGAUACUCCCGUCUACAUAGGCGAUUUGGUAUAUUUGGAAGCUGAAUUUAAUUCAUUAAGGGAAGCCAUCAUCGAUAACUCCAAGGGAUUUGUAAUAGUACAUCCAAAAUUAUUACUUUCAGCAACUGCCGUAGCCGAAUCUUUUUCGUGUAUGCGCAAAGCAGCUCUUUCAGACAGAGUUGUUAAUUAUGGUUUGCCAACGAAACCCACCGUUGCUGGUAAUAUUCUUCAUGAUCUGUUCCAAAGUGCUCUGAAGGAUCAAGAAAAUGCUGUAACAAACAUUAACUCAAUCCUCGAAGAUUCUAUAAAAAAAUACAUGAUAGAUAUAUAUUUUGCGGAUUUAAAGGUUGAUGAAUGCCGAGAAGAAAUUAGCGCGCCAUUUUCCGGUGAAUCCAAUGAACGGGGAAAGAAUAUCUCAAUACAGAAACUGCUUGAUGUGGAGGAAUCUAUAUGGUCUCCCAAAUAUGGACUGAAAGGAAACAUCGACGCGACUGUAGAAGUCCUACUGAAAAGUUCAUCAGAAGAUAUUCUUACAUUAACCGUGCCAUUGGAACUAAAAACAGGGAAGUAUAUAAAUAGCAUUAGCCACUUCGCGCAAAGCUUAUUAUAUACUUUACUAGUCUCCGAUCGUUACAAUAUACGUGUUCAAAAUGCUUUAUUAUGUUAUUUGGAAAAUAGCAGCCUGGUUGACUUAGAGGCAUCAAUGUCGCAAAUUCGUGGUUUACUUAUCGCCCGUAAUACUCUAGCUCAGCACAAUAUUCGUCGUUCUUUACCGGCAAUGCUUAAAAGUGAACAUCAGUGUAAGCGCUGCUAUGCAGUUAAUGAAUGUUUCCUUUAUCAUAAAGCUCUUGAGAAUGGGACUCCUGAAACUUCAGGUGUCAAAGACUUGUACAGUUCAAUUACGGAUCAACUCGGCGAAGUAGAAUUACAAUUUUUCAAGAAAUGGGAAAGACUUCUCACACAAGAAGAAAAUUUAGCAUUAAGAAAAAAGGGCGAUAUACUUACGACAAAUCUGUGCGAGUUGGAUUUAUUAGGGAAAUCGUUGUGUGGACUUACGAUAAAACAAGAAAAAACAAUACCCCUUGAAAUUGACGAAACCAUCUAUUAUUUUAUACUUAGUUCUCGAAGUCCUGGACAAAUAAGAAGCUCAAGCUUUAGUAUUGGAGAUCGUAUUUUCGUUUCAGACGAAGAGGGGCAUUGGUCCUUAACUAGAGGUAUAAUAAAAGAUAUAAGGGACGAUAGCAUCUGUAUCCAAACAUUUCGACAUUUAAUAAUUCCUUGGAAAAAGUUGGAUAACUUCGAUGCCCAAAAUAAUCAGGUGUUUUAUGGAAGCUAUCAUAGAAAGGAACAUAACUACCAAGAAGUUACGAAGACAUUUAGAAUUGAUAAAGAUGAGUUUUCUGGCGGUAUAGCUUCAGUGAGGAGUACAUUAAUUGGUUGCAUUUUACCUGAUGCUCCACUUAUGAUAAAGGAUAUGAUUAUAAAUUUAAAGCCACCCACAUUCAGUACUUCGAAUUGUCAGUUAGAAGCUUCGCAAACAGAAGGUUUAAACGAAGACCAAAUCAGUGCUUUAAAAAAAUGCCAAGCUGCUAACAAUUACGCGCUUAUUCUUGGCAUGCCAGGAACCGGUAAGACUACAACAAUUGCACGGUUAAUUAUUUCAUUUUUAAGAAAGGGUGCAUCAAUACUUUUAACAUCGUUUACACACUCUGCUGUAGAUAAUAUACUGCUUAAAUUGCAGUAUUCAAACUACGAUAUACUUAGGUUGGGGUCAAGUCAUAAAAUCCAUCCAAAAGUCAAGGAAUUUUGUCGUACAGCCGACGAUAUUCCGAAUGAUUUAGAAUUCAUUAAAGAAUUCUAUGAAGCACCUCAGAUAGUGGCAUGUUCCGCACUUGGAGUAUACCAUCCUCUGUUUCAAGUCAGGAAGUUUGAUUAUUGUAUAAUUGACGAAGCAUCUCAAAUACCGCUUCCAGUGUGUUUAGGUCCUUUGAUGCAUACUGAAAAAUUUAUUCUGGUAGGUGAUCACUAUCAGCUCCCACCUUUAGUAAAAAAUCCCAAAGCUGCGAAAGGUGGACUAGUCAAAAGUUUAUUCAAGUUGCUUUCAGAGAAGCAUCCUGAGGCUAUAGCAACACUAAAAUUACAAUACCGCAUGAAUGGUGAUAUCAAUUCUUUAUGUAAUAAUUUAAUUUACGGCGGUAAUUUGCUCUGUGGAUCAAAUGAAGUUUCUGUAAACAAGCUCUAUUUACCUUUAAAUAAAGUACCCACUAAAAAGCCUGGCAUAAUAACAAACAUGAGUUGGAUUCACCAUUUACUAAAUCCGGAUAGCUCCGUUGUCUUUUAUAAUACCGACUUACUUAAUAAUCUGGAAAAUAAGAAGGACAGAAUAUUGGAGAACCGGACUGAAGCUUCGCUAUUAGCUUGUGCGGUCCGCUCAUUGUUGGAAAUGGGUGUAGAAGAGAAACAUAUUGGCAUCAUAUCUAUAUACAAAAGUCAAGUUAACUUGAUUGAACAUGAACUAAAAUCGCAUGAGGAAUUGGAAAUCAAUACAGCUGACAAGUAUCAAGGUCGAGAUAAAGAUAUAAUCUUCAUAUCGUUUGUUCGCUCGAAUUUAAGGAAGAAUGUAGGGGAUUUGCUGCGUGAUUGGCACCGCAUAAACGUUGCUCUGAGUAGAGCAAAAGUGAAAUGUAUAAUGUUCGGGUCGUUAGCUACACUAUCGAAUUCAGUGGUAAUGAAUGAGCUUAUUACGCUACUUUCCAAAAAUGAAUGGGUCUAUAAUAUUCAGCCUAAUGAUUUAAAGGAUAUACAGGAUGAAAAUCUGAUUUCAACUUUGUCCAAAUCCUAAGAAAGUGAGAACAUAGAACAUAGUCAGGAAAGUGUUAGUUACGUCCAACUUUUUAACUUAAUUUAGAACGUAGUUUAGAUAAUGUCAAAAAUAUAUUAUAGGGAUUGCAAUCGGUAA